AUGGCCGCCACAUGUUUACAAUUUGCAUUUCGUUCCGCCCCGGGUCUUAUCACUUGCUCACGUCGUGUUUAGUGAAUCAUGAAGGUGUUUUAUGAGCAAAUUUAAAGUUACCUUAGCUUUAAAUUUUACUCGUCGGCUGCUUAGCUAUUAUCCUGCGACAACCUGAAUGAUUACGAGAGGAAGUUCGUGACGUUAACCUCAACUAUGCAUUCGCCUUGCUCCAACUACUGCAGUCUACUGAUAACAGAUGGAAUUGAAAUUUGAUUACUUACCAUAUUAAUAGUCAGCACAUGGCUCAGCAGUGAUUUUCACGAAAAUGACGAGAUGGGAUUUCAUGAAGCCUUAUUAUUGUCCUGUUUUCUAAUCAUUCUGCAACUACGACACACUUUUCAAACUGAUCUAGACCUUGGCGAUCAAGAUGUCGAUGAAACUGAGCAGUUCCUUGUAAGGCAAUUUGAUUCGCGUAGUAAUGAGCGGAAAGUCAGUCAACGGUUAAAUGAAGUGACAAACUGGCCGGGUCAAUCAGUGAAGUUGGGUCAAGUCGCAUGGGUGUCAACUGACACUGCUGGGUUUGUGUAUGUCUUCCAUCGUGGCGACCGAAUUUGGAAUGCCAAUACAUUUUUUCUCAACAAUUCCUACAAUGAGAUGGACAGGGGAGUCAUUCAAGUCCCGACGUUAGCCAUCAUCAAUCCAGACACAGGUGCUCUCAUUACUGAAUGGGGCCAUAAUCUAUUCUUCCUUCCGCAUGGAAUCACAGUCGACAAGCAGGACAAUGUUUGGUUCACCGACGUUGCUUUACAUCAAGUUUUCAAAUAUUCUCCCAUGCUUAGUAAAGACUUCAAGCCAACAUUACUCAUGACACUAGGGGUAAGAUUUGAACCAGGAAAUGACAGAGAACAUUUCUGCAAACCUACAUCAGUAGCUGUCAUGAGCAAUGGAGACUUCUUUGUAGCUGACGGCUAUUGUAAUUCUCGAAUUUUAAAAUUCUCUGCCGAUGGAACGGUCAUCAGCAGAUGGGGGCGAGCAACUAUCUCUAAUGGUUCCCCCGCCCCAUACCACUUCAACAUUCCUCACAGUUUAGCUUUAGCAGAAGACAAGAACCUCCUAUACGUUGCCGAUCGAGAGAACGGAAGGAUUCAAGUAUUCCAUGCAUCAAAUGGAACUUUUGCAUUCCAAUUCAGUUCUGCUCUCAUGGGCUCCAGAAUAUUCAGUGUAGCUUACACCCCUGCGUUUGGAGGGUUAAUAUACAUUGUGAACGGUCCCGAGAUUCAGUAUGAUGUCCCUCUGCGAGAAUAUAGUGAGAUAAUGCCUAUGUUCUCGCAGCAAGUACUCGUGCGAGGGUAUGUAGCAACCGCCAUCAACUGCCAAAUCAUUGCUGACUUUCAUCCAUAUCAAGGUGACUUCCACAAUCCUCAUGCAGUGGCAGUCACACCAGACGCAUCCAGGGUCUAUGUUGCGGAGCUAUCACCAUAUCGUAUUUGGCAGUUUGUCACAACCACUAAUGGAACUCCCGAUGUCAUCAAAACGACUGCUUCUAGUCCUCAAACAAGCUCAACAAUCAAAUCCUCUUUUGUCUCUGGCAUGUUAAAACAAGACCUAUCGUUACUGAACAAGCCAAGCGAUGGUACACUAAUGGCUGUUCUAGUCGUAUCCGCUGCUCUUUUGUUCGGUGCAACUCUCCUUGCCGCCAUGAUGAUCUAUACCCGAUCUCGUAACAGAGUUUGCGGGGAGCAUUGCUCUCACAGAUGGCGCCCCAGAGGUCGUGGCAGAGACGGCUUCUCUCUAGGAAUCCUCGGUCAACGCUCACAUUCCCAGCAUGGUUUUGAACAGCUCAAAACAGCCGAAGAAAGCGAAGAAGAUGACGAUGAAGAAUCUCAAACUCAAGCGGAACUUCAACCAAUCGUUUAAAUCCUAUGUUUUUUCAACAGUUUUCCUUUCCAUUUUUUAAAUGUACAAUAUAAUUUAUCUCGGUCACAUGUACAUAAUUAUCACCAGGUAUUUAACCAAUCUUGACUCCUUGUUAUCAAAAAAUCUACCUGUCUGUACCUGUUCUCAAAAUAUUCUUUAUACCAAGCACUGUGGAAGACAGAAAACCAAUCAGUAUGCAUUUAGGUAUGUCCAUUAAAGCGUGUUCUCAAAACAAUUUGAA